AUGAUAAGUAAUACUAAUAAUAAAACUGAUCAAAGCGCUCAUUUAUAUGAGGUGCUUUUAUAUAAGAGGAAGGAUAUAAUAGCAAUUCAAGAAAAACUUGGUAUUAAUAGUAAUACGCUAAAGCAAAUAAAACACGAGUCCGAUGGAAAAACACUCGCUGAUUCAUAUAAGUUGCUAUUACAUUUGGUGGGAGAUUUAAUACUGAUACAGAAAAAUCUCAACAUUGAUGGCAACCACAUUCUGGCAGUAGAAUAUAAUAAUGUGGCAAAUCAAAACAAUAAAGAUUCUUCCAAUUUAUCACUUUCGAAAUUAUUUAAUUUGCUUUUAUACUUGGAAGAGGAUAUAAACACAAUUCAGGAAGAACUUGGUAUUGUUGGUUAUACUAAUCAAGAAAUGGCGGAAGAAGCUGAUAAAAAUGCGAGAGUAUACCUCCGAAAGUUUGAGAAAUUCUACGGUCCCUUAGAAGAUAAUCUAG